CAGUUAAAGGACAGACCCCACAGCCAAUCAAAGGAGCGCACCAGUGGCUUCUUCCUGGAGGAGGAGAACGGAAGUCCGAUUGGGUUGCUGAGGCGAAAGCUGCUACAGUGUAAACGAAGAGCGGAGGCUUUUGAUCUUCCACAAUGGGUGAACCACAGCAAGUGAGCGCACUCCCUCCGCCACCAAUGCAGUACAUCAAGGAAUAUACAGAUGAAAAUAUUCAGGAAGGCUUAGCCCCGAAGCCUCCACCUCCAAUUAAAGACAGUUACAUGAUGUUUGGUAACCAGUUCCAGUGUGAUGAUCUUAUCAUCCGCCCUUUGGAAAGUCAGGGAAUUGAACGACUUCAUCCUAUGCAAUUUGAUCACAAGAAAGAACUGAGAAAACUCAAUAUGUCUAUCCUUAUUAAUUUCUUGGACCUUUUAGAUAUCUUGAUAAGGAGCCCUGGGAGUAUAAAACGAGAAGAGAAGCUGGAAGAUCUUAAGCUACUUUUUGUACAUGUGCAUCAUCUUAUAAAUGAAUACCGACCCCACCAAGCAAGAGAGACCUUGAGAGUCAUGAUGGAGGUCCAGAAACGCCAACGGCUUGAAACAGCUGAGAGGUUUCAGAAACACCUAGAACGAGUAAUUGAGAUGAUUCAGAAUUGUUUGGCUUCUUUGCCUGAUGAUUUGCCCCAUUCUGAAGCAGGGAUGAAAGUUAAAACUGAACCAAUGGAUGCUGAUGACAGCAACACUUGUACUGGACAGAAUGAACAGCAAAGAGAAAAUUCAGGUCACAGGAGGGACCAGAUUAUAGAAAAAGAUGCUGCCUUAUGUGUCCUUAUUGAUGAAAUGAAUGAAAGACCAUGAAGUCUUCCUGUUCUUUUUUCCUGUUGUUAAAUACAGUUGUAAAUUAGUUUAUUUUCUUUUAGAUAAUGUUAAAAGAGGUUCUGUAUAACUAAAAACGUGUUUUUUCUUGAUUCCACCUUUUUAAUUAUGCUAUAGGCAGUAAUUUCACUGCUUAAUAAAAAUAGGCACAUGAAUACACCUACAUUAAGAGAAAUUACUUUAAAAAGAAAAAUGUAGGCAACCCAUUUGGGACCCCUCAGGAGCAAUUCCUAUUCCCUAUUUCCCAUUCCCAUUCUCCAGUAAAUUUUCCUACUUUACAAAAAAAAAAAAAGCGCAAAAUGUUUGCUGUUGUGUGGGAGAUUCUGGUUUUUGAAGUUGCAAUAAAACUGAAGAUACCCUUAGUGUAGCAAGCUUUAGCCUUGAAAAAAGUAAACUUGUCACUUGGUUUAAGAAUGAUGAAUAAAGGAUAUUGAGGUGUAUCUGUGAAAUUAUGAAAUCUUUAGACUUCCUUAAAAAUUUUACUUAUCUCCCAAAAAGUAAUACAAAAUGCUAAAAGAAGGAACCAGUACAAUUAAGUGUGUUUUCCCCAGGACUCUUGCCAUAUCACCCCAACCUCUUCUCUCUAUCCUGCAUAAAAUCAUGGGACGGUAGUUCCAUAGACUGGGCUUUUUUUUUUUUUUUUCUUUUGGUAUCAAGAGUCAAACUCAGGACCCUGUACUUGCCAGGCAGGCACUGUGCCACUGAGCUACAUCCCCAGCCUAAGCUGUUGUUUUUGCCAGUCAUUCAGGUAAUAAAUUAUUUGGUUCCUUUAGUUCCAUGAACUUAUUUUAGUAAUUAAGAUGACUAUGCAGUUAUCUAUACAUUUCCGUUUAUAUUAGCUCAGGUUUGCUUAGGGGCUGGAAGCCAGCAACAGGAAAAAAGUUUGGUAGCAGGCACUGCUAGACGUCUACCAAAAAUUCUUGCUUCUUUAUGAGAUAAUGUCGAGAGAUGGCUCCCAGUCAGGCACAGCAUACCCUAAAUGUGGCCUUGUAGUCUGUGUGAGGUCCUACAACUUAAGUCCUAGAGGAUGGAAUAACAUGGUGGUAGGAAACCAGGUUUACCUCGCUGAAAUUUCUUUCAUGAUCUUCCAUUUUCUUCUGCCAUCUCCCGGUUUGACAGGCACAGUCAGGAUAUCUUCAGAAGCCACUUGAAGAUGGUGAAGAUUCAGUCGCUUUGGUUCCUUGAAAGAGGAGUAGGUCUUUCAUUAAUUGUACAUGCCCUUUCCCAGAAGAUACGACUAUGUGAGCAAAAAAUAAAUUUGUUUUAGUGCUGA